GUCUCUCUUCCACCCCCCCAUCCCCCCUCUCUCUUUUGCAUGCUGGUCUGGUUCACAUUUAAAACCACAUGUUGCUUGUGUGUAUGCAUGAGGAGCGAAUGAGGAGCUUUGCGCAGCAGCAGCUCGAAUGGGAUACGGAUAUGCCAGCCUGCCUGUCUGCCACCAGCGUGCACGUGGCUGCAGAUGGGAAGAUCUGAGCUCCGUACCGGAUCGUUCGUCUGGUCUCCUGCGCACGGACAUACGCCGAGCACACAUGCAUGAAAGUUCGCUCACGGUGCAGCAGUGGGGUGGGUGUGCCAUCUCUGAACACCCAUGCCAAAUCCAGGAUGGAUUCCUUUUGAAUUAUUAAAGCAAAAGAGCAAAGGAAGGGAUUUCUCCUCCGACUGAGGAAGAUUUAAAGCACUCCCAGAUGUGUGUGGCUUGUUUUGUUUUUUUUUUACUUCAGCUUGGUUAAAACAGGAAACUCCAUUUGGCUCCUGAGGUGUCUACUCUGUCUGUACAGAGGAACCAUCCGAUUUGUCCUUGCGUAUGUGUAAAACAAAGUGACCUUGAAUGUGUGUGUGUGGGGGGGAGUCUUGGAAAACUCUGAGUACUGCGUAUUUCCUGUGUGUAAAAGGGACUGCUAGUUUGUAGUUGUAGUAAUCCGUCGAUAGAUUGGACCCCAGAGGCCAGGAGACGUACAACAUGCGGACUCUGCUUUCCAUUUGGCUUCACGUGCUGCUGCUUGCAUAUGUCAGACUACUGCUGCUUGCGACGGAUGUCCUGGCUUCCAUCAGAGACAUAAACCAGGAGAAGUGGGAGAAGGACAUCAGGUCAGCUGCUAGCCUGGAUGAGCUGCUCAUGUUGACCGACUUUCCAGACUGGAAGCUGUGGAGGUGUCGUCUAAAGCUGAAGCACAUCGACUCGGCCGCUUUCCCAGAAUUCCGUUCGGCCUCAGUGGGAUCGCACAGAUUCACACGCUUUGCUGCCAACUCUUACAGUCUGGAGGUACUCAAAGCCAUUGAUGAAGAGUGGCAGAAAACGCAGUGCAUGCCCCGGGAGACUUGCGUGGAUGCGGCUCAGGAGCUCGGCACCAACAACGACAUGUUCUUCAAGCCGCCGUGUGUCUCCGUGUACAGAUGUAGCGGCUGCUGCAACAAAGAAGGCGUCACGUGCCGCAACACGAGCACCACCUACGUCGACAAAAUACUUUUGAGCGUGGUGCCGUUUAAAUACGGGCCUGAGCCGAUGCUGAUCAGGGUUGCCAACCACACAGAGUGUAGAUGCCAGGAACCGCAGAUGAUUCGCAGACAUGCUCUGCCCCACAGGAAGAAUGGGUGUUUUCCCAUUCGCCAGUCGGAAGAAUCCAGACGACUAUGUGAGCGAGGGCUCAUAUGGGAUUGCAUGGAGGAUCGGUGUGUGCCUUAUCCUGCUAGCAAACAAGAAAUUCCCACCAAAGCAAAUUCAGAGGAUUGUGAAAUUGACGUGGAAAAAUGCGAAUGUAUUCCCAAAGAGGCAACAUCGACCCGGAAAAACCCUUCAUGCCCGUGCGCAGCCAGGAGGAAGCAAUUCAACCAUACGUCGUGCAGCUGCAAAAGAACGUGAGAGCAUGCUUGCUUCGUGAAAACCUCGGACAAUCCGCUUCUCCUGGAGCUGCGAUCGAAGACACAUUCUAAUUUAUUUACAUUCCUUAUUUAUAACACCGCCUUACGCGUCUAACAUUUAACCCCCACUUUUUGACAUGUUCGAAAUAUUAUGUGAUGCGACAGUAAAUAUACAGGUUUCUGUGCACUGAAGAUGGUAAAAUAUCUUAAAAAAUGACUUAUGAUAAAGAACGGUAUGCUUGAAGUAAUUUUAUUCGAUGCAUGAGAACCAGAUUGUGGACAUGCAGUAUAUGGUAUUUAAUAAUUGUGUACAAAUUCAUAACUCUUGACCAUACUGUAACCAAAGAGCAUUUUCCAUAUGAUUUCAUGUUUAUUUCACAUAUUUUUAAAUGUACUGACUGUGAUUCAGGAAAUGUUGACUAAAGCCUUUGUGGA